GAGGGAGAGGUAGUCACUGCCACUCACUACUCACCCUCUCUUUUAUUAUUAGCUCACUUGGAUCUGGCAGCAGGGCUUUUUUUCUCAGCAGCAGUGACUUUGGCAUUGCGCAACCUAUUAGCUCUCAGGUAAAGGUGUGGGACAACAGCAGAGAGAAGCGACCGAUUUGGGGUCAAUGGAAACGGCCGCUGUAGGUCAGGUAGGAUUCAAUUUGAUGGCCCUUUAAUUGAAGUCCAUACCGUGUUUUAACGCCGCGCACUGAGCUCCGUUUUCCGCGUUCCCACAAUCAUGUUCAAGACGGUCAAUUACCCGUCGGUGGAUCCCGCGCCCACCAUCAUGCACGGCACUUGGUUUGCCACGGGGUGCCGAGAAAACACGCCCGUGGCGGUGGAGAAACCUAAGAAAAAGGCGUUCAGCCUGGUCAAAAUCAUGUCUCUCAGCAACAAGAAAGGGCACGGCCAGUAUCCGCACCACAACAACAACAUGCCCUUUACGAUCCACUGUCACAUCGGGAAAGAGAUCAAGCACAUUUGCAGCAACUGCAGCCGCGGGAACGACACACAGGACGCUGAGGAAGUAGAGAGGCUGGCCGCCAUGCGUUCUGAGUCCUUGGUCUCUGGCACCCACACUCCACCUAUCCGUCGACGGAGCAAGUUUGCCACUCUGGGACGUCUCCUGAAGCCCUGGAAAUGGAGGAAGAAGAAGAGUGAGAAAUUCAAGCAGACUUCUGCUGCGCUGGAGAGGAAGAUGUCAAUGCGACAGAGCAGAGAUGAGCUGAUCAAGAGAGGAGUGCUGAAGGAGAUCUUUGAAAAAGCAACCGUUGAAUUCCGAUCCUCGAUGGAUGGUGGAGUCUGCACUCAGGAGCCCUCUAUUAAGUCAUCCAUGGUCUUGCCUACCAAGAAAUCGGUCACCUACUCAAGUGACCUUCAGGACACCCCCGCCAAGCCGCCGCUGUACCACAAACAGCCUCCUGCUCUCCCUCCAAAGCCUUUCUCUAGGAUCCCAAACCAUAGCACAGAUUCUUGCCAGCCAAUGAAGUUGCCCUGUAUGCCUGGGGGAAAGCACUCUCCACCUCUGCCUCCCAAGAAAGUGAUGAUUUGUGUGCCUCCAGGGGGGCUGGACUCCUCCAACUCCCCUUCUCCAUCCCCCAACCCCCUCAGCGGGCUCCCCCAAAAGUGCGUCCCUCAGCAGGGCAUGUCGUCCCACCACGGCACCCUGCUGCCCUCCCAGCUCGCCGGUCUGUCCAGUCUUCACCAGAGCCACGGUCACCCGCUCCAGCUCCAGUACGGCAGCUUGCACGCACCCAGCCGCAUCAUCGAGGAGCUCAAUAAAACCCUGGCGCUCUCCAUGCAGAGGUUUGAAAGCUCCGCAUUGCACGGCGGCGGUCAGUGUAUGCCUCUGGACAGACGAGAAGUGCCGUCUGUGAUCAUCGACUAUGAGGACGACAAGGAGAACAUGCCCAACGAGUCAGACUACGAAGAUCUGCCCAGCAUGUACAAGGACGAGGACGACGACGUGGACGAUGACGAGGACGACGACGAAGAUGACGACUCCAUAUUUACAAGUACCCUGGCUCAGAAGGUGCUCAGGAAAGACUCUCUGGCCAUCAAGCUGAGUAACCGUCCAUCCAAAAGAGAGCUGGAGGAGAAAAACAUCCUGCCCAUGCAGACAGAUGAGGAGAGACUGGAGUCUAGGCAGCAGAUAGGCACCAAACUCACAAGGCGCUUGAGUCAGAGGCCCACAGCAGAGGAGCUAGAGCAGAGGAACAUCCUCAAACCUCGCAAUGAGCAAGAGGAAAUGGAGGAGAAGAGGGAGAUAAAACGGAGGCUAACGAGAAAGCUGAGCCAAAGGCCCACAGUAGAGGAGCUGAGACAGGCCAAAAUUCUCAUCCGAUUCAGUGACUAUGUGGAGGUGUCAGAUGCCCAGGACUACGACAGGCGGGCAGAUAAGCCCUGGACCCGGCUCACAGCAGCUGACAAGGCAGCUAUACGGAAGGAACUCAAUGAUUUCAAGAGCAAUGAGAUGGAAGUGCACGAGUCAAGUCGCCAUUUAACCAGGUUUCACAGACCAUAGUAGACCACCACUGUCUCGAGCAGUGCCGGAGCGGCGCUCUCCUCCACUGAGAACCUUAAGUGCUGGACAGUAAAAUGGUGCCCGUUUCUACAAUAAGGCCAUGUCUUCUGAAAUGCCUUUUCAAGACCCACACAACUGAGUCGGUACUACACCACAAGAUGCAGACACCCACUACUCUAUCCACUGUAGUAGCACAUAAUGACUCCAGUUGAUUCACAUCGCCCCUCUGUGGAAAUUGCUCGACUGUCUCUUCAACCUCUCUGCUGAGCUCUUAGGCAGGCGCUCAGUUCUGCGGCGAUUUGGACGGCGGGAGAGAAUUCGUUUGCAAUUGACUGACACUUGCGAAAUCUGCUGAGGGCAACUGUACCUUUUUGGUUCAUCAAUAACACACCAGUGGACUUGUCUCAGUGGACUUGCUUUAAUCCCUCCUCUUUAUUAUGCCGUCCUCCUCCCCCCUUGAUUCCUCUAGCCCUUAUGGACAACUCUGUGCCAGGAUGCGGGGUUGAUUGUUCUGAGCUCACCAUAUCAGCAGGAGAUCUAUCUUCACCGCACCUGCUGGGACUUUGGAAACUGCUUAGAACGACACACAGGAGGGAGGGAGGGGUCCAACAUUAGAAUCAUGUGCAAUAUGUUUUUUUUUUUCUUCUGCUUUUCUCAGACUAUAGCACCCCCUGGAGUCCCCUCUGUGUCAUUACUAUGUAGUCCAGACUUCUCUUCAACCCUCAUAUGUGCAAUUCUCACUGUACCGACAAUGUUGACAUCUAAUUGCUAACUGUGAAUCUGGGAGUUUGGGCAAAGCCUGCGCUCUCUCCAAAUGUACAUUUUGUUUAUACUAAGGAAGGAAAGUAACAUUUAAAGAAGAAUCAUGCUUGACCAAGCUUCAUUCAUGUCAGAAUCUUAUAAAUUUCAUGUAAGAAUUGCAGCUGGCAGAUAUAUUCUGGUUCCAGUGUGUGCAACAAGUAUCUGUUUUAUAUUAUUUUGUUAAUUUUUAAUUGUUUUUUUUUUUUAUAGAGGCAAUUCAUUUACAUGUUGCUACAUGUUCCCACUCUUUGGAUUGAUGAUUUUUAAAACAAAAUACCAAGAGUUACUCUCGCCACAUUGUUAUCUCUUACAUUUCUUUUUGUUUGCAGCAGUGUUUAAUGAUCUUUGCUCAUAAUGUGCAUUGUAUUAUACACUUAAACUAUACUUUUUUUUACUCAUGUCAUAAUACGUUUCUGAUCAAGCAAUAUUUGUUGUUUGUAGAGAAAAGGUUAAACUGCAGGUGUAUCCCCACCAUUUUUUUUAUUGUGCUUAUACACUCCGCCUCACUUCAGGGUUUUAAUUUUCUUUUAUACUUUACUUUAGGAAAGCUUUAUUCAGGAGGACUUUUUUCUGCAUUUUUCUUGACUG